AUUUUAAUACAGCAACAUUUAGGUUAGAAAACCACCGUGAAAGAGAUACAUACAACUUUAAGGAACUAAAAUGCCUCGAAUGAAAUGAUGUAAUUUUAGGUUGGUAACGUCGACUUGACGUGAGACAGAGAAAAAGAAGAAGAAGAAAAGAAGUAACAGUUUUACCUGGCACCCGAUCCGGCCCUGCUCCAACCCCCGAGACCGUCGGACCGAACUCCUCGGCAGAGGCAGCGGCGUGGAACGCAACACUUUUGUCCGUCCUGCGUCCGUGCCGGUGGUGGUGGUGGUGGUGGUCGUGGUGCCGAGAGAGCGCUGUCCGUGACGUCGUCACUCUCAGUCAGCCAUCGAGCGUUCGUUCGUCAGUGUGUGUGUGUGUGUAUGCGUGUGCAUCGACAGCGUCGACAAAACGAAGAAGCACGUUUCGGCCGCCGUUAGUUAGUUCCGCAGCUACGCUUGCCUGUUUCGGGUCGGUUCGCCCCGUGAUGUGAUGCCAAUGCCGAGUGCCGCGUGCUCUGUUCGAGGGGGGACGCCAGCGGAGUGAUUUCACGCUUUUUUCGGUGAUGUGUUGUGUGCCGGUGCUGCGACAACACGAUUCGGGUUUGGAUUAAUCGACGCAGGCUCGUUUAUGGGAUUAAGCGAUCAUGUUUAAAACGGGACCUCCACCUCAGGGUGGGCAAAUAAAGUUUACGAUAGCGGACACGUUGGAGCGGAUAAAGGAAGAAUUCAAUUUCCUGCAAGCCCAAUAUCAUACCUUGAAAUUGGAAUGUGAAAAAUUAGCGAGUGAAAAGACUGAAAUGCAACGGCACUACGUUAUGUAUUACGAGAUGUCAUAUGGCCUUAAUGUGGAAAUGCACAAACAGACUGAAAUAGCUAAACGCUUAAACGCAAUUAUCGCUCAAGUGCUGCCGUUCUUGGCCCAGGAACACCAGCAGCAAGUGGCGACGGCGGUGGAGCGGGCCAAACAGGUCACCAUGACGGAGCUCAACGCCAUCAUAGGGCAACAACAACAACAAGGUCUACAACAGUUGCUUCAACAGAUCCACGCGAUGCCGCACGGAGCCCACGGCCCCGGCCUGCCCAUGGGGCCGCAUCCGGGCCUGCCCGGCAUGGGUCCGGCGGCCGGCCUGCUCGGCUUCGGAGCGGGACUGGGCGGCGGCGUGCCCGGGGCGCCCGGAGGUCCGCAUUCGGUGCCCGGUGGGGCGCAUCCUUUGCUCAAGCCCGCCGAAAUGCACGGACGGGAGCCCGGCGAUCACAAAGGACCGGGAAGCACAACGGCAGAAGACCGAUUGAAUUCAGUGUCGCCAGGAGACAGGGAUAAAUACAGGUCAAGAUCGCCUCCAGAAGAAUCUUCGAUCAAGAGACGGAAAGAGGAUAAACUGGGACAUGAAAGCGACGGUGAAAAAAGUGAUCAAGACUUGGUUGUGGACGUGGCCAACGAGGAGGCCGCCUCGCCGCAUACGAACGGCGACCACCCGGUCCUGGGGAACCCGUCCGACAUCAGGGAGAACGGGAGCACCAACGGGGACAAGAUCAAAGUGGAGCGGCCACCGAGUCGGAGCGGAUCUUCUUCGUCCCGGAGCACGCCAUCCCUCAAAAGCAAAGACGAGAAACCCCUCACGCCCGGAUCGAAGCCGCGCUCGACGACGCCGAACAUGGGCUCGAGCUCGGGCAGCGGCUCGGGCGGGCCCAAGGUGGGCGGCGGCGGCCCGAUGGGCCAGUACCCGCCGUAUCCGGUGGGGGUGCGGCCGCCCGACCACCUCGGCCCCUACAACAACGUGGCGGGCUCGCCGUACGGUCGGCCGCCCAUGAUGGGCUACGACGGACAUCCGCACACCCGCGCCCCCGGCAUCGCCACGAACGGAAUGGGCGGCAUGGGCGCCGGAGGAAAACCUGCCUACUCUUUCCACAUGAACGGCGAGGGUCAACUGCAACCGGUGCCGUUCCCCACGGACGCGCUCAUCGGGCCGGGGAUCCCCCGACACGCGCGCCAAAUAAACACGUUGACUCACGGUGAAGUUGUUUGUGCUGUGACUAUUUCCAAUCCCACCAAAUAUGUAUAUACAGGAGGCAAAGGCUGUGUUAAAGUGUGGGAUAUCAGCCAGCCCGGUUCGAAGGCCCCCGUCUCGCAGCUGGACUGUUUGCAAAGGGACAACUACAUCAGAUCCGUGAAACUUCUGCCGGACGGAAGGACGCUGAUAGUGGGCGGCGAGGCCAGCAACCUGUCGAUUUGGGACCUGGCCAGUCCGACGCCCCGCAUCAAGGCCGAACUGACGUCGAGCGCGCCCGCCUGCUACGCCCUGGCCAUCAGCCCCGACUCGAAGGUGUGCUUCAGCUGCUGCAGCGACGGCAACAUCGCCGUGUGGGACCUGCACAACCAGUCGCUGGUGCGGCAGUUCCAGGGACACACGGACGGCGCCUCGUGCAUCGACAUAUCGUCGGACGGCACCAAACUGUGGACGGGCGGCUUGGACAACACGGUGCGAAGCUGGGACCUACGCGAGGGCAAGCAGCUGCAGCAGCACGACUUUAGUUCGCAGAUCUUCUCGCUCGGCUACUGUCCUACGGGAGAGUGGCUGGCGGUCGGUAUGGAGAACUCUCACGUCGAGGUGCUACACGCUACUAAGGCCGACAAGUACCAGUUGCAUUUGCACGAGAGCUGCGUGCUCAGCCUGAGGUUCGCCACCUGCGGCAAAUGGUUCGUGUCGACGGGUAAAGACAACUUGCUCAACGCGUGGCGGACACCCUACGGCGCCAGUAUAUUCCAGUCCAAAGAAUCAUCGAGUGUACUUAGUUGUGACAUUUCAACGGACGAUAAAUACAUUGUGACAGGUUCCGGGGACAAAAAAGCGACGGUCUACGAAGUGAUAUAUUAGUUAGCCGCGAGUGCUGAAAGUUUUUCGGGGGCCACCAUGAACUCGACACUCGACGACAUUCGACGACUCGAAAACAAACUGUUAUCGUACCUAAUUUUAGGGACAUUUUAAGCACAUUGACUGUUGAAAUAUUUUCUAUCACAUGACAAUUGAUUUAUUUUAAUAGACGACCUACCGACAGUCGGAUUGUAAAUGUAAAUUAUACAUGUAGGUAAAUGAAUUUUUAUUAUUUUCUGUUUCGUUCACAACCGAUGUGGUCUACGAGUGUAUUUAAUGAAACAAUAGGUAAACAAAAAACAAUUAUUUUCUUCUCAAUUUUAUUAGUAGUGAUUUCUGUAAAUAGACAACAUUAAAAUAAUAAACAAUCAAUACAUGUCUUGUCUGUUUAUUAAAUGUUCCCGCUCUUUCGCUACAACCACCGACACUUGACACCAAAACUACCCCACAAAGGCACUAACCGUUUUUUAUUAUUAUUGAUUGGCAGAAGAAUUAGUGGUAAUGGUAAUUAGUGACGAGUAGAAAAAUGUAUGAUAUGUUCGUUCAGCGGCCUACAACAAACAAAAUUGUUUUAGUCUCGGUGUCGUGGCGAAGGAGAGGCUUGUUAAUCUCAUUUUUGUUGUCUAUAUUGCCCCAAAUCUCCUACUGCAAUAUAUAUUUUUAAUGACAUAAAUGAUUUUAUAUAUGGUAUUUAUAAAAAAACACCGAUUUUGUUAUUUGUUUACUCUGAAAAAUAUUGUUACUAUGUGUGUGAAUUAGAUGUCAAGAAAAGACAACACAAAGUGAUUCAAUUAACGACUAUUUAGACUUUUUUGUUCAUUUCUUGAUGUUAACAUUACAAAUACAAAAAAGGACGUAGCAUAUUUUUCGUAAUUGAAUAAAAUUAUAUUACAAUUUA